AUGUCGAGCAAUCGCAAUCUCUUGUUGAUGUUCGACCGGCCCACGGAGCCGAUUUACGUGCCGAAGGGCAAUCAGGGCACGUCCUUCGACAUACCGCAAGAAUACUUGCGAGAUGAGUAUCAGGCACAAGGCAUGGGCAUCAUCAAUCGCUGGACCAGCAUGUCGAGCAACAUCGUGACGGUGAAAAAAAUCGCGAUACCGGAUCUGACGGUGCCGGAGUCGCUGAGUCGCUACGAGACGUUUUCUCUCUUCAAUCCGACGCACAGAGAGUACGCCGCCUACUUGAUGAAAUUGUUUAUUGGAAUGCGAACGGUGGACGAUCUGGUGUCGCUGGCCGCCUACUGCCACGAUCGCAUCAAUCCGCAACUGUUCGCCUACGCCCUAUCGGUGGCCAUACUUCAUCGUCCGGACACGAAGGAUUUAUCGAUUCCCGCGCUCAGUGAAAUAUUUCCGAAUAAAUUCUUCCCGAGCUUCGCUAUACGCCAGGUCGAGGUGGAAUCCUUGAUCAUGCCGAUCGGCCCGAUAGAGAUACCCAUGGACCACACGGCCAGCGACGCCGAUCCGGAGCAUCGGGUGGCCUACUGGCGCGAGGAUCUCGGCAUCAACGUGCACCACUACCACUGGCACCUCGUCUAUCCGUUCGAGGGUCCCCGCGAGGUCGUCGACAAGGACCGCCGGGGCGAGCUCUUCUACUACAUGCAUCGUCAGAUUCUGGCCAGAUACAACGCCGAGCGCCUCAGCAACAAGCUCGGCUGCGUGCGCAGCAUGAGGAACCUGCGCGAUCCCAUCUUCGAGGCCUACUACUCGAAGCUCGACUCGAGUAUCGCCGGCCGAGGCUACGCCGAUCGACCCACCAACGUCAGAUUACAGGAUCUCGAUCGUCCAGCGGACAACAGCCGCGUGAGACUGAGCGAGCUCGAGUUGCGCAUCAAGCGGGUGGAGGACGCGGUGAGGACGCGCCAGGUACUGGCCUCGGACGGCCGCGUGAUCGAUCUGGACGCCGUCACGGGUAUAGAUAUACUGGGCAAUAUGCUCGAGGCGAGUAUCCUCACGCCCAACAAGGACUACUACGGCGACAUACACAACGAUCUGCACUCGCUCAUAGGCUACUGUCACGAUCCCGAUCAUCGCUAUCUCGAGUCGUUCUCCGCGAUAGCCGACCCGGCCACCUCGAUGCGCGAUCCCGCCUUCUAUCCGGUGCACGCCUGGAUCGACGAGAUGUUCGCCAGGUUCAAGGACAGCUUCCCGGCCUACGCCGAGUCCGAGCUCGAGUUUCAGGGCGUCCACGUGACGAGUCUGGAGAUACAGACGCCCGAGGCGGACAAGAACAUACUGAGGACUCACUGGACCAAGAGCAGGGUGGACAUGACCCGGGGCCUGGCUUUCAUCUCGCGAGAGCCCAUAAGCGUGCAGAUACAGCAUCUGAAUCACGAGACGUUUUAUUACGAGCUGGGAGUGAGGAACAACACAGGGAGAGAGGUCGUGGGUACGGUGAGGAUUUUUAUCUGUCCGGUGCACGACGAUCUCGGGCAUAAUCUGACGUUCGAGCAGCAGAGAGGAUUGAUGAUCGAGAUGGAUAAAUUUACGGUUACGCUGAAAAAUGGCUUCAAUCGCAUAACGAGAAGAUCCGACGAGUCGUCGAUCACGAUCCCGUACGAGUCGACCUUCCGCGAUCUGAACGAGGACCGGCCCAGCCAGACCGACGCCGAGAGAAGCCUGGCGUUCAAUUUCUGCGGCUGCGGCUGGCCCCAGCACAUGCUCGUGCCCAAGGGCGGCGUACAGGGCUUUCCCAUGAUGGCUUUCGCCAUGGUGUCCGAUUACGCUUUGGACAGGGUCGAUCAGAGCGUAAACUCGACCUGUCGCACAGGCGUGAGCUACUGCGGCUUGAGAGAUCGCAAGUAUCCGGACGCGCGGCCGAUGGGCUAUCCGUUCGAUCGCAAGCCCAAGUCGAGCGCGAAGUCUCUGCACGACUUCUUGACGCCCAACAUGAACGUGGCGCCGAUCACCGUCAAGUUUUCCGAGGUCGUAAAAGCGCUGAAAGUACCCAAAGAGAUAAUAGUCACGAAUUGA